GUUAACUCAACUCAAUGACACCAAGACCAGGACUAAGCAGCACCCACAACAACGAGGCGUGCACUGCCGGGGGUUUAUAGGUCGUAAUUCCAUGGCCUAAACACCUCCCUUACCCCCCGAAAUAAAGUCACCGAAGAAGCUACAGUCCAACCUUCUACUUAACCCUUCAUCCACUACUACAACUUACAAUGGCGGGAAAUCGACUGGACAAGAUCGGGACCAUUUUCACAAGAGCAUCAGGACUGUUGAAAUCUGGUGCAAUGAAGCCACAGGACAAACCAAUAUGGUAUGAUGUUUAUGAAGCUUUCCCUCCUAAAUAUGAGCCUCGCUAUGACAGGCCACCAGCAAAGAAAGAGAUCAGACAGAUUUUUUAUCCUGAAGAUGUCAUUAGAGGAAAAUUCUACAGAAAGUAUGGCUCCCCAGGACUUAUUAAUCUUUCUGAAACAAGCCGUCGACUCUCAGUGUGCCAGCUGUUUGUGGCGGAGUAUGAGCGUCUCCAACAAGAUGGCAGCCUCACAGAGGAGAAAUUAAUGGAAGAAGCAGCAAUAGCUCUUGAAGCAAGGGGAAUAUACUUGGAUCCUUCUCGUGCUCCUCCAAAGCCUGAACCAUCCACAUCAGAAUUACAAGAUGGAAUUUCAGCUCAAACUCCCCAAAGCAAAAUCAGUAAAAUAAGUUUUGCAGAUGUCUUCAAAGAAAGCCAAAAGGAAGGGGAGUGAUGAAGCACAGUCAUGGGGUGUUAAUGUAAAUAAUAAUUGUAAUAAACAAUUUUAGAAGUAA